AUGCGUGCAAUGCUCAACAAGAUAAGGCAAUGGAGAGAGUCAUAUUCAAACAGAUACUCCUUCAUGCUUUGGAACUGCGUAUAUGGAUGUCCAAUAGAUUUGAUAUUUUUUCUGUACAAUAUUGCCGACGCAAUGUUGGACGCCGUUUUACGACCAAAUAUUCCACAGAUAGUUUGUUUCAACAUGUUUCCUGAUAGAAUUGACAUGUGCAGGGCAUUAGAAGUCACGCCGGAUCUAGAAGACGAUGUACAGAAGCAAGCGACAAGCUAUAUAAUUUUUCACAAAUGUUUGUCCAAUUUUCCUGCGCUGAUACUUGGAUUAUUUUGUGGUGCUUGGAGCGAUAAGUAUGGAAGGAAGUUGCCAAUGGUAUUGCCGUCUAUUGGAACGACGUUCGCCAUUCUACUGUAUAUGUCGGCAAAUAUGUCACCGCCGUCUUCAGUCGCCUUCUUUCUAAGCGGAUCGCUUAUACAAGGAUGCUUUGGCAAAACUUCCAUGAUCUCAAUGGCAGUCCACAGCUACGUCGUCGAUAUAACGUGUCCCAGAAGUCGAACAAAUAAAUUAGGAGUGCUAGCUUCAAUGCAAUUUCUGGGUCUGUUUUUAGGUUCGUUGAUUGCAGGACUUUUGCUAGACAACACGGAUGUACUAACAACAUAUUGUACUGCUUCGUUUUUGAACGCCUUGGUGGUAGUACUGACGCUGGCAAUUGUCAAAGAGACGGUUGCUGCAAACGAAGGGACAGAGAUUUUCCCAUGUAAAACUAUAUUCAAACCAGAAAAUUUCAAAUCAUCCUUGAUGGUCUUAGUCAAAAAGCGGGACUUUAAUCUUCGCCGAAUUAUAUGUGCGCUUCUGUUUGUCCUAGUUUUACACCAAACCUGUCGAACGGGUCUCACGGACGUCACUCUUCUGUACACAGAAUUACCUCCUUUAUCAUGGCCAACCUCCUGGUUUGGCUAUUUGGCCGCUGCAGACAACGCCGCAAUGGGCAUAGUAUUACUUAUAGUCUUACCAAUCAUGUCUAAUGUCAUGAAACUGUCAGAUUCUUUCAUUAGUAUGAUUGGCCUAGGCUGUGCCAGUAUUCGCUUUAUUUUGAUGACCUGGGCGAAACACACUUGGAUGGUGUGGACAGCCAUUAGUGUAGGUUCUCUUGGAGGGUUGAUAAACUCUCCAGCUCGGUCGUUGUUAAGCAAACUUGUCGAUGAACAUGAAGUCGGUAAAAUCUUUUCAGUUCUAGGAAGUGGAGAAACUAUAGCGAAAUUCUUAGCUUUGAUUUUUACAGCCUUGUAUGGAACCACAUUAGAUAUAUUCCCAGGAAUGUCAUUUCUCAUAGCAUCCGCUUUAUAUACUAUUAUGUCUUUUCUCAUUUUGUUCGUGCAUAUUUCGACCCGAGAUUAUUUGAAUAGAGACGAUGCGUCAGAUAGUGGAUCCGAUCCAAGAAGUCAGUUAGAUGAUGUUAUAGAAAUGACUAAUCACCAUUUAAUGAAUGGAAAAGGUGAACAUGUUACUCAAUCCGGGAUGAUGGGAGAGUAA